AUUCUAUUAAGAAGCUGUACAAAAUCUAAAAUUUCGGACUGCUUGUUUGAGUUUAUAUGGUACUGGCAGAACAAAGAUAAUCUUUGGGAGAAGAUGUUGGAAUGUAUGAAGAACACAGGAUAUUUUGAAGAUGAAGAAAAAGAUGAGAGUGAGGGUGAAGAGGAUGAAGAGGAAAAUGAGGAGAAUGACGAAAGUGAGAAUAAUGAAGAUAGACAUAAAGAUGAGUAUGAUGAAGUGAAUAAUGAGAAUGAUGAAGAGGAGGAUGAAGAGAGGGAUGAAAAUUAUGAUAGUGAUAGUGAGAAUAAUGAGAACGAAAAUGAAAAUUAG